CUGAACAGAAAGAAAGAGUGACCCAGGGAGACAAGAAACAGAGUAGGCCAAGGGAAGUCCACAGCAACAUCAGAGCAAGACUCAAGUUGGGGUGAAGUAUUUGCAGGCUCCAGCCUCAGCUUCCAGAGUCCUCCUGACCUGUGACCCCUGGCUCCAGGCUGGGAGGUGGUGACUCGGAGGGUGUGGAUAAAACCCAGAACUGUGUCUGGUCACUCCAGCAGGUGUGCUGACGUAGAACCAUGGUUAUUCUACAAAAGGGGGACUAUGUAUGGAUGGACCUGAAGUCGGGCCAGGAGUUCGAUGUGCCCAUCGGGGCUGUGGUGAAGCUCUGCGACUCUGGGCAGAUCCAAGUGGUGGAUGAUGAAGACAACGAACACUGGAUUUCCCCUCAAAAUGCCACGCACAUCAAGCCGAUGCACCCCACAUCGGUGCACGGCGUGGAGGACAUGAUCCGCCUGGGGGAUCUCAACGAGGCAGGCAUUCUUCGCAACCUUCUCAUUCGCUACCGGGACCACCUCAUCUACACGUACACGGGUUCCAUCCUGGUGGCCGUGAACCCCUACCAGCUGCUCUCCAUCUACUCACCAGAGCACAUCCGCCAGUACACCAACAAGAAGAUAGGGGAGAUGCCCCCCCACAUCUUCGCCAUUGCAGACAACUGCUACUUCAACAUGAAACGCAACAGCCGGGACCAGUGCUGUAUCAUCAGCGGGGAGUCAGGAGCUGGCAAGACAGAGAGCACAAAGUUGAUCCUGCAGUUCCUGGCGGCCAUCAGUGGACAGCACUCAUGGAUCGAGCAGCAGGUGCUGGAGGCCACCCCGAUCCUGGAAGCAUUUGGGAAUGCCAAGACCAUCCGCAACGACAACUCCAGCCGCUUUGGCAAGUACAUUGACAUCCACUUUAACAAGCGUGGUGCCAUUGAGGGCGCCAAAAUAGAGCAGUAUCUGCUGGAGAAGUCACGCGUCUGCCGCCAGGCCCCUGAUGAGAGGAACUAUCACGUGUUCUACUGUAUGCUGGAGGGCAUGAGUGAGGAGGAGAAGAAGAAGCUGGACCUAGGCCAGGCCGCUGACUACAACUACUUGGCCAUGGGUAACUGCAUCACCUGUGAGGGCCGCGUGGACAGUCAGGAGUAUGCCAACAUCCGCUCCGCCAUGAAGGUCCUCAUGUUCACAGACACGGAGAACUGGGAGAUCUCGAAGCUUCUGGCCGCCAUCCUACACAUGGGCAAUCUGCAGUACGAGGCCCGGACAUUUGAGAACUUGGAUGCGUGCGAAGUCCUCUUCUCCCCAUCGCUGGCCACGGCAGCUUCUCUGCUCGAGGUGAACCCCCCAGACCUGAUGAGCUGCCUAACCAGCCGCACCCUUAUCACCCGUGGGGAGACGGUGUCCACCCCUCUCAGCAGGGAACAGGCACUGGAUGUGCGAGAUGCCUUUGUCAAGGGCAUAUAUGGGCGGCUCUUUGUGUGGAUUGUGGAGAAGAUCAACGCAGCAAUCUACAAGCCACCCCCCUUGGAAGUGAAGAACUCUCGCCGGUCCAUCGGUCUCCUGGACAUCUUUGGAUUUGAGAACUUCACUGUGAAUAGCUUCGAGCAGCUCUGCAUUAAUUUUGCCAAUGAGCACCUGCAGCAAUUCUUCGUGAGGCACGUGUUCAAGCUGGAGCAGGAGGAGUAUGACCUGGAGAGCAUCGACUGGCUGCACAUUGAGUUCACUGACAACCAGGACGCACUGGACAUGAUUGCCAACCGGCCUAUGAACGUCAUCUCCCUCAUCGAUGAGGAGAGCAAGUUCCCCAAGGGCACGGAUGCCACCAUGCUGCAUAAGCUGAAUUCACAGCACAAGCUCAAUGCCAACUAUGUGCCACCCAAGAACAGCCACGAGACCCAGUUUGGAAUCAACCACUUUGCGGGUGUUGUCUACUAUGAGAGUCAAGGCUUCCUGGAGAAGAACCGAGACACCCUGCACGGGGACAUCAUCCAGCUGGUCCACUCUUCCCGGAACAAGUUCGUAAAGCAGAUUUUCCAGGCCGACGUUGCCAUGGGUGCCGAGACCAGGAAGCGCUCGCCUACACUCAGCAGCCAGUUUAAGAGGUCUCUGGAGCUGCUGAUGCGCACACUGGGCGCCUGCCAGCCCUUCUUUGUGCGCUGCAUCAAACCCAACGAGUUCAAGAAGCCCAUGCUCUUCGACCGGCACCUGUGCGUACGCCAGCUGCGCUAUUCGGGCAUGAUGGAGACGAUCCGCAUCCGCCACGCAGGCUACCCCAUCCGCUACAGCUUUGUGGAGUUUGUGGAGCGCUACCGGGUGCUGCUGCCUGGCGUGAAGCCAGCAUACAAGCAGGGUGACCUCCGAGGAACUUGCCAGCGCAUGGCUGAGGCUGUGCUGGGCACGCACGAUGACUGGCAGAUUGGCAAAACCAAGAUCUUUCUGAAGGACCACCAUGACAUGUUGCUGGAGGUGGAGCGGGACAAGGCCAUCACAGACAGAGUCAUCCUCCUGCAGAAGGUCAUCCGGGGCUUCAAAGACAGGUCCAACUUCCUGAGACUGAAGAGUGCCGCCACACUGAUCCAGAGGCAUUGGCGGGGCCACCACUGUAGGAAAAACUAUGAGCUGAUUCGUCUUGGCUUCCUGCGGCUGCAGGCCCUGCACCGCUCCCGGAAGCUGCACAAGCAGUACCGACUGGCCAGACAACGCAUAAUAGAGUUCCAGGCCCGCUGCCGGGCCUACCUGGUGCGCAAGGCCUUCCGCCACCGCCUCUGGGCCGUGAUCACCGUGCAGGCCUAUGCACGAGGCAUGAUUGCCCGCCGGCUACACCGGCGCCUCCGGGUUGAGUACCGGAGGCGCCUCGAGGCAGAGAGGAUGCGGCUGGCAGAGGAGGAGAAGCUACGAAAGGAGAUGAGUGCCAAGAAGGCCAAAGAGGAGGCUGAGCGCAAGCAUCAGGACCUGGAGCGUGGCCGGAGGGAGAUGGUGGAAGAGGAUGUUGACGCUGCCCUGCCCCUGCCUGAUGAGGACGAGGAGGACCUUUCUGAGUACAAAUUCGCCAAGUUUGCUGCCACCUACUUCCAGGGCACGACCACACACUCCUACACCCGGAGGCCUCUCAAGCAGCCGCUGCUCUACCACGACGAUGAGGGUGACCAGCUGGCGGCACUGGCUGUCUGGAUCACCAUCCUCCGGUUCAUGGGGGACCUCCCAGAGCCCAAGUACCACACAGCCAUGAGCGACGGCAGUGAGAAGAUCCCUGUGAUGACAAAGAUCUACGAGACCCUAGGCAAGAAGACAUACAAGAGGGAGCUGCAGGCCUUGCAGGGCGAGGGUGAGACCCAGCUCCCCGAGGGGCAGAAGAAGACCAGUGUGAGACACAAGUUGGUACACUUGACACUGAAGAAGAAGUCCAAACUCACAGAAGAGGUGACCAAGAGGCUACACGAUGGGGAAUCCACAGUACAGGGCAACAGCAUGCUGGAGGAUCGACCCACCUCAAAUCUAGAGAAGCUGCACUUCAUCAUCGGCAACGGCAUCCUGCGGCCUGCGCUGCGGGACGAGAUUUACUGCCAGAUCAGUAAGCAGCUCACGCACAACCCAUCCAAGAGCAGCUAUGCCAGGGGCUGGAUCCUCGUGUCGCUCUGUGUGGGCUGCUUCGCCCCCUCUGAAAAGUUCGUUAAGUACCUGCGGAACUUCAUCCACGGAGGCCCACCCGGCUAUGCCCCCUACUGUGAGGAGCGCCUGAGGAGGACCUUUGUCAACGGAACUCGGACACAGCCACCCAGCUGGUUGGAGCUGCAGGCCACCAAGUCCAAGAAGCCCAUCAUGCUGCCCGUGACCUUCAUGGAUGGGACCACCAAGACCCUACUAACAGACUCAGCAACCACAGCCAAGGAGCUGUGCAAUGCUCUGGCUGACAAGAUCUCACUCAAGGACCGCUUUGGCUUCUCCCUCUACAUUGCCCUGUUUGAUAAGGUGUCCUCCCUGGGCAGUGGCAGUGACCAUGUCAUGGAUGCCAUCUCCCAGUGUGAGCAGUACGCCAAGGAGCAGGGUGCCCAGGAGCGCAACGCCCCAUGGAGGCUCUUCUUUAGAAAGGAGGUCUUCACACCCUGGCACAACCCCUCAGAGGACAACGUGGCCACCAACCUCAUCUACCAGCAGGUGGUGCGAGGAGUCAAGUUUGGGGAGUACAGGUGUGAGAAGGAGGAUGACCUGGCAGAGCUGGCUUCUCAGCAGUAUUUUGUGGACUAUGGUUCUGAGAUGAUUCUGGAGCGUCUGCUGAGCCUCGUGCCCACUUACAUUCCUGACCGUGAGAUCACGCCGCUGAAGAAUCUUGAGAAGUGGGCACAGCUGGCCAUUGCUGCCCACAAGAAGGGAAUUUAUGCCCAGAGGAGAACUGAUGCCCAGAAGGUCAAAGAGGAUGUGGUCAAUUAUGCCCGUUUCAAGUGGCCCUUGCUCUUCUCCAGGUUUUACGAAGCCUACAAAUUCUCAGGCCCUCCCCUCCCCAAGAGCGACGUCAUUGUGGCUGUCAACUGGACGGGUGUGUACUUCGUGGACGAGCAGGAGCAGGUGCUUCUGGAGCUCUCCUUCCCGGAGAUCAUGGCUGUGUCCAGCAGUAGGGAGUGCCGCGUCUUGCUCUCACUGGGCUGCUCUGACUUGGGCUGUGCCACUUGUCACUCGGGCCGGGCAGGGAUGACCCCGGCUGGACCCUGUUCCCCGUGUUGGUCCUGUAGGGGAGCAAAGCUGAUGGCCCCCAGCUUUACCCUGGCCACCAUCAAGGGGGACGAGUACACCUUCACAUCCAGCAAUGCCGAGGACAUCCGUGACCUGGUGGUCAUCUUUCUGGAGGGGCUACGGAAGAGGUCUAAGUAUGUGGUGGCACUGCAGGACAAUCCUAACCCUGCUGGUGAGGAGUCAGGCUUCCUUAGCUUCGCCAAGGGAGACCUCAUCAUCCUCGACCACGAUACCGGUGAGCAGGUCAUGAACUCAGGCUGGGCCAACGGCAUCAACGAGAGGACCAAGCAGCGUGGAGACUUCCCCACUGACUGUGUAUACGUCAUGCCCACUGUCACCUUGCCACCAAGGGAGAUUGUGGCCCUGGUCACUAUGACACCAGACCAGAGGCAGGAUGUCGUCCGGCUCCUGCAGCUGCGCACAGCAGAGCCAGAGGUGCGCGCCAAGCCCUACACACUGGAGGAGUUCUCCUACGACUACUUCAGGCCCCCACCCAAGCACACGCUGAGCCGUGUCAUGGUGUCCAAGGCCCGCGGUAAGGACAGGCUGUGGAGCCACACACGAGAGCCCCUCAAGCAGGCCCUGCUCAAGAAGAUCCUGGGCAGUGAAGAACUCUCCCAGGAAGCCUGCAUGGCCUUUGUAGCUGUGCUCAAGUACAUGGGCGACUACCCAUCCAAGAGGACGCGAUCCGUCAAUGAGCUCACCGACCAGAUCUUUGAGUGGGCACUCAAGGCUGAGCCCCUCAAGGAUGAGGCCUAUGUGCAGAUCCUGAAGCAGCUGACUGACAAUCAUAUCAGGUACAGCGAAGAGAGGGGCUGGGAGCUGCUAUGGCUGUGCACAGGCCUCUUCCCACCCAGCAACAUCCUCCUGCCUCAUGUUCAGCGCUUUCUGCAGUCCCGCAAGCACUGUCCUCUUGCCAUCGACUGCCUGCAGAGGCUCCAGAAAGCCUUGAGAAAUGGCUCCCGGAAGUACCCUCCACACCUGGUGGAGGUGGAGGCCAUCCAGCACAAGACUACCCAGAUAUUCCACAAGGUCUACUUCCCCGAUGACACGGACGAGGCUUUUGAGGUGGAGUCCAGCACCAAGGCCAAGGACUUCUGCCAGAACAUCGCCAGCAGGCUGCUUCUCAAGUCUUCUGAGGGAUUCAGCCUUUUUGUCAAAAUCGCAGAUAAGGUCAUCAGCGUCCCAGAGAAUGACUUCUUCUUUGACUUUGUUCGACACCUGACAGACUGGAUAAAGAAAGCACGGCCCAUCAAGGACGGAAUCGUGCCCUCACUAACCUACCAGGUGUUCUUCAUGAAGAAGCUGUGGACCACCACAGUGCCGGGCAAGGACCCCAUGGCUGACUCCAUCUUCCACUAUUACCAGGAACUGCCCAAAUAUCUCCGAGGCUACCACAAGUGCACCCGGGAGGAGGUGCUGCAGCUGGGCGCACUCAUCUACAGGGUCAAGUUUGAGGAGGACAAAUCCUACUUUCCUAGCAUCCCCAAGCUGCUGAGGGAGCUGGUGCCCCAGGACCUGAUCCGGCAGGUCUCACCUGAUGACUGGAAACGGUCUAUUGUCGCCUACUUCAACAAGCAUGCGGGGAAGUCCAAGGAGGAAGCCAAGCUGGCCUUCCUCAAGCUCAUCUUCAAGUGGCCCACCUUUGGCUCAGCCUUCUUUGAGGUGAAGCAAACUACAGAACCAAACUUCCCGGAGAUUCUCUUAAUUGCCAUCAACAAGUACGGAGUCAGCCUCAUUGAUCCCAGAUCCAAGGACAUCCUGACUACUCAUCCCUUCACCAAGAUCUCCAACUGGAGCAGUGGCAACACCUACUUCCACAUCACCAUUGGAAACUUGGUCCGUGGGAGCAAACUGCUCUGUGAGACAUCGCUGGGAUACAAAAUGGAUGAUCUUCUGACGUCCUACAUCAGCCAGAUGCUCACAGCCAUGAGCAAACAGAGGAACUCCAGGAGCGGGAGGUGAACCGUAGAGGAGACGCUGGCUCAGGCCUUGGCCAUGUAGGCAGGGAGGCUGGACUGAUCGUAUCUGCUGGGCAUCUGACCUGCCUGCCACGAGGUCCAUACUCUUCUGCAUCCACCUGUGGCUUCUGGGUUUGCUGUCACCCUACUUUGUUGUGGCCUUCCUGGUGUAAGAGUCUGUGUUCCUUGGUCACCUCUCCUGAUUCAGACCAGCUCCAUCAAGCAACCUCUUUUGACUUUCUGUAUAUGGAUAGUGCAGAGGAAUCAAGGACAACUUAGCUCUCUCCAUACUUGGAACAACCACACUAUUUGUGCGUUGAACUGAUGCUCUGAAUUCCAAGGGACUGGGCUCAGGGUCUCGGCACUGGCCCCUGUCACAAGCACUACCGUUAAGGACUCUCUGGAGGACGCUUCAGCAUCAGCUGCCCCAGGAAGCCCCUAGACUACCUCCUGAGUCUGGACAAAGCCUCCCGAUUCUACCUGGAUCACUCCUGUUAUGUGACAGUUAUGUGGUGGGUCCCUGCUAAAAUCUCCCUGACCACCUGAGGGUAUAAAGCAUGUGUCUUAUCCUCUGGUCUCACGGUGAUCUUUGCUGGGGAGACGAUGUGGGAUCGGGGUGCAGACCUGUAGGGGUGGCCUGUGAAGCCACUUCUUCCACCUGCCUGAGCAAGCUGCUUCACCUUGGGUUUUGUCAUGCUUAGGCCAAGGCUUCCUUGAGUCUUAAAAGACCACUUGGGACAGAGGGGUUGGGGGAAGCGAUUGCUACUGGCCAGA